CAAAGAGCUGUAGUAGUAGCACUUGCAGUACCAACUGGCAACAACCGUUAAAGUUGGUGCGCGUAGAGCCAAACUCCAAUUUGAAGUGGCUAACUGCAGUGGCUAACCACAGCUGCCUGUUGGACCAAACCCUUGACAAGAGUUGGAAAAUGGAACCUGUGAUUAAUCCGUAGAUUAAUUCAAUCUGGCGGCCCUGGCCUUCUCUACCGUUCAAUAAGAGUCAUAAGAUGCAGAAUAAGUGGGAUUAGGGGGCUCGGGUUAUGAGGGUCUGUGAGGGAACCCCAUAUAGUCACCUCCACCUCCAUGACGUCCCCCUCCAGCAAUGUUGUAAUGUAGCAUGUUCUGAACGAGCACUUUGCCGCCUUCCAGAAGUAUCCAACUUCUUCUGCAGUUCGCCCUGCAGUUCGUUCCAGCAGCACUAGGGCCUAUCUCGGUCCAAUCAUCCCAACACGUACUCUAGGUAUUUAAUUUCCGCUUUCUGAUCGCUCUCACACUUAUCUCCGAGCUCAACUUUGCACAAGCCAUUUCUCUUUGCUUCCUCAGAACAAAGCGUCUCCUCAUCUGCAUAACUCGCUAGUCUUACCCAGUGCUCCUGCCUCUGCCGCCAGUCUACCUCCAAUUUGCAAGAUGGCCCCCGUCACCAUCUAUGGAAUGAAUAUGAGCACCUGCACCAGACGGGUGAUUACAACGCUUGAGGAGAAAAGCGUUCCCUAUGAGGUGGUCACUGUGGACCUCUCCAAGGGAGCGCACAAGCAGCCUGACCACCUGGCCAGGCAGCCUUUUGGCCAGAUCCCCGCUUUCGAGGACGGCGAUGUGAAGGUUUUCGAGUCGAGGGCAAUCGCCAGGUACAUUAGCAACAAGUGGGCGAGCCAGGGAACAGACCUGUUGGGCAAGACUGCUGCUGAGAAGGCCCUCACUGAUACCUGGGUUGAGGUUGAGGCCCAGAACUACAACCCUCCACUCAGCACGAUAGUCGCACAGAAGGUCUUCCUUCCGAUGUAUGGACAGCAGACGGAUGAGAAGGUUGUUGCUCAGGAGACUGAAAAGCUCGAGAAGGUGCUUGCUGUGUACGACGCUCACUUGGCCGACAAGGAGUAUCUCAAUGGCUCCAGCUUCUCCGCCGCUGAUCUCUCCCACCUUGCCUACACAGAUUACUACGUUAACAAGGGGGGCGGCGAGGCUGUUUUGAAGAAGUACCCCAACGUGUGGGCCUGGUGGCAGAGGAUCUCCAGCCGCCCCUCCUGGCAGAAGGUGUCCGCCAUGUACUAGAGGACGACCAAUUCUGGCUGUUCUGAUCUAGUUUGGGGUUUGUUUUCCAAAGUAGCAUCCCGUAUAAAGGAUCCAGCGAGGUGGGACGUGAGGCUUGUAGUCAGAGUUCGUUGCUACUGACAUAGUUUACUGAACUUUCUACAACGCAGUGUUGAGCAGUUUGUUGUGAAGUCGAGCAGAGUCAGGUUCAUAACAAACUUACGUUCUGCCUUGCUCUAUAAUAUUUGGAGAAUUGCUUUCAACCUGCCGCCAGUAGGCAAACGAGUAGGUCGAAGGAUUGACUCUGUACUUACAGUACGUGUUACACGUUUCCACAUAUAUGCGCGAAGUUGAUCAUUCUAGAAUGUCGUCUCAGGUGCACAUAUGUAGACCACAAUGUAUCAGCAGCGCAAAGACAAG